CCACAACCCUGUCCGACUUUGUUGCUCUGGUGCCCCGCUAGUCCGUCCGGGGAGAGCCGAAGAACAACUCGACACAAAAGUCCCAACUAUGGAAGGCGAUAACAUAAUAAUGCCUGUUUGAGUCAGGGAGAUUUUCCAAGAUGCCAGGCCUUUUGUCCAGUCCUGUGUGUCUGACAGUCAUCUGGUUUUUAUCUUGGUCGCUGCGCCCCAGUCGUGCUCAAAUUCGGACUGAUGAAGUGUCAGGCGUGCAGUACGGGCACUUGGAUUCCAAUGUGACACUGGCAUGCGGGAAGUCACAAAUCAGGAUACCUGUGGUGUGGCAUCUCAACCACAGCUCAGUGUUGCCAUGGCACAGAGUGACAUCAGAUGGAACCUUAGUCCUGCUGCACGUCGACCACUCAGCGCAGGGCAACUACAGCUGCUAUGACAACCAGGGGCUCCUCCUCCACUCCGUCAAACUCAGGCUGGGCCACCCCCCUGGGCUGCUGAGCAUUUCCUGUCAUGUGCCCAAUCACACGCAUGUUCGCUGCUCCUGGGUGGAAUCAGUAAAGACCUUCCUGCCAGCCAAGUACAACGCCUCCUUCAGGGGGACUGGUCAGGAGUGGAGGCCGUGCGUUGUGGAUGUCGUCCGCAAGCUCUGUCUUGUAGAUCAUCCUGCCUUCUGGCAGACCAUCCAUACCCUGAGACUCACAGAGACCAACGCCCUGGGGUCCGAGACAACAUCUGCCCGCUUUAGGUUACAUGACCUAUUGAAACCAGACCCUCCAGAGUCACUGUUGGUGAACGAGAUAGAAGGCUAUCCAAAGAGGCUGAUCGUCUCAUGGAACUUCCCCUCUUCCUGGCCUCUGCACGAUGCUUUCCCCCUCAUAUUUCAGAUCAGAUACAGGCCUCAGGGCUCUGUGUACUGGUCAGAGGUCUUCUCCGAGGAGAGUCCGUUCGUGAUAUUUGACGCCCUGGCUGGUCACCUCCACCAAGUUCAGAUCCGAGCCCGUGACGAGGUGAACUCUGACAGCCAGUGGAGUGAAUGGAGUGCCCUGCUUCUCGUCAGGCCUUGGGAAGACUCCUCCACCCCUGAAUCUACAGAGGAGUUCCCGCCAGACGAAAGUUUUCCAGACUAUUUUUUUCCCUUCGACACAACACCUGAAACCUCCACCGCCAAGUCACACAAUUCUGUACAUCCUGAGGAUGACGGUAAUUUGGGUUUGGUGAUUCUGCUGGUUUUGUUCUCCGUGGUCAUCCUCACCACCGUCCUUUCCCUCAUCUUUAUCAUGUGGGUGAGGCAGAGGCGGCGCGAUCACGGGACCAAACAGGAACUCACCUCUAUGGUCAAGAUGAAGUCCAUGCCAAUCUAAUGUUGAUUUCAAGCAUAUUCUCCGUGUCAGCCCGUUCUAGGGCUCCUCCCAGGAGUCAGCCUCUGCCUUCACCACAGUAGCAAGCUGACUGUCCGUAUUCAACUACAUUAACCAGAAUGCAUCAGCCAGGGUCUAACCAGGAUCCGGGACAGGGAUGAACCCAUACACGGACCUUUGCGGAGUAGGGUUAAAGUUGCCCAGUUUAUAAAAGCUGACUGACGGGUAUGUUUUUGCAAGAGUUCCCUGUGACCUAUUCAGUGGUCACAUCUAACUGCACUACCCAUAAUGCAUCAGCAGACUCCACCUGCUGUCCACGGGGACAGGGAAAACAGACCCUACUCUGUUUCUUUUAUGAUCACUUCAACAUUUUUCACUGCAGUUCAGUCCUCAGCGGACUGUAGGAGCGACGCUGCAUCAGGACAUUUGAGUUCACUCACAACCAGUGCUGCUUCAGGUGGACUGACUCCUCGCCCUUUUUUGGAGACGAGCAACAUUUUUUGAACUUUUAAGCAACGAGUAAAGAAGUGCAGCUGCCAAACAAGAGAACAUAGGCUUUUUUUGUUUUUGUGGAAAGAUUUUUCUGGGACAACUUUAAUCUCUUCUCCCACCCAGAAGUCCUCACGUUCUUUUUAUUUCUUUUUUUAUUUUGAGAUUCAUCGGGAGAAGUCACAGAUUAAUGUGCGUCCGUUUAUUACAUCGACUGACCGACCGACCGACUCAAUGCUGUGAAGGAAGCAUAACUGCCAGUCUCUCUGUGUGUGCAUCUGAUGCCAAAGCAGCAACUACGGGCAUUAAUGGUCUCAGCUGAGGGGGGCAGGAGGCCUGAAUUGAGGGGAUGGACAUGGAGAACAAGGUCCAGGGUGGGGCGGGUUGGGUUGCCUAGACUUUAUUUCAUUUAUGACAAGUGAUUUUUAUGUUGCAUGAUAUGCUUGUUUUCGUUGUCUGGUGUCUUUAGCAACGGGUGAUCUUUUGUUAUACCUCUUUCUAUCCAUCCAUCCAUCCAUUGUUACUGAAUGUGUGUGAAGACACACAUGGGGGAGAGUGAGAUAAGAAAAGAGAUACUGGCCUUUCACAAAACCACCAGCAUUAUGACAUUACAUAGACAUUUAGUUAGCCAGAGAAUAUUAAACCAUAGACAUUCAGCUGUCCUGUCUAGACUCCAAACAACCCCUAAUAACUUCUCUCUCAUUGUGUGCCCAUUACAUUUCUUUCUUAAAAAACACCAGGCUGAAAAGCAGUGUUUUGCUGCCCUCUGUGGUUGAAGGUUUCAUCCCUGUUUCACUUCUGGACACACACCAGUGAUGGGAAUGGUUGGGUGUGGUGGAUGAUUGGGCUUUGUUGCACCUAAAACCACAUUUUUUGUCAGAUAUUUAAUUUACAACGAUAUAAAAACUGAGAAAAGCAGCAAAUUGUUAAAUUCCAGUCGGUGCAACUUUAAUAUUUGGCACAUAAAAUGAUAUAUGACAAGCAAUCGAAUAUCAAAAUUGUAGUCGAUCGGCUAAUACAUUAAUACACUCUCAGCCUCUUAGGCCAUUGUUACACCGUUAAAGUUACUAUAACCCCCUUUUUAACUUGAUAAGACUUCACAGUGUUUCAUGUAAGUUGUUGGUCUGGGGUUAUACAGCCAGGUUACCUGCAGAUGAGAGGAAUACAGUAACAUAAGAGGCAUAUUUUAACUAGAUACAAAAGCUUAUUAAAGGUUGCCUAUACUGAUAUAAUGAAAAGAAAGAGGUUGUAGAUUUAAAGGUAGAAACGCAUGGUUCAUUAAGAUGAAAAAAGACAGAUUGCUAAAAAAAUGUAUGAAGCACUUUUCCAUCAAAGUAAUUUGAGGAAUAAUACCUAAAAGUCCUUUUGGGAAACUGCUCUCAUGAACAAGUAUCACUGACAGCGCUACUGUAAUUUUAGUUCUAAUGAAAGUGGAUGCAGAAAGCUUACUAGUGCAACUCACAGCUAACUUUGACAUGGGUUCUUUUCACUUGGUGAGUGGGCUCUCACAAUCACUGCUACCAUAAUCCGAAAUUAAAUGGUUUGCGGCUAGUUAUUAUGGAAACAUUCAGUAGCAUUGUGUUCUUGUACAACACAUUAAAUAACAAGAGAAACAGUAUGCACCAGUUAAGCUUACAGUAGUAAAUUGCCGGCUUCACCAACUGGUCAGUUAUCUCAUGAAAGUUAAUGAGUUUAUGUAGCUGGAUCAGAGCAUGUUUGGUUGGUGGGUGUGAACAUGAGAUGGGCACCAAUACGAUUUAACUGACAAGAGCGACUCUCGCUCACUGUACUCGUGUCUCACGUCCCACCGACUCACGAAAGAAUGAAUGGUCUCUGGGUGGCCACCGUAUGAAAAGCCCUAAAUACCUCUAGAACAGUAUAUCUGGUUUAGUUUUGCUUUUGACACCUACAAACCUUGUGUCCUGUCUGUAACCGAUGGAAGUGAGAGGCUCUACUGCUUGAGUGGGGUGCUCACAUAAAAAAAAAAAAAAAUUUUUUUUUUUUUCUCUUUCUGUCGGUCUGGUGGAUAUGGAAGCCCAUUUACGCCAAUGUGAUGAAAAAAAAAUCCUGUGUGUCAUUAUAAUAUUGGGUCUCUGUAAAUUAGAGUACGGUCUAGACAUGCUCUAUAUGAAAAGUGUCUCGAGAUAACUUCUGUUGUGAUUUGACGCUAUAUAAAUUAGGGCUGUCAAUCAGAAACCCUCACAGGUAAUGCAUUUAGCAUAU